AUGUUCAAAUUCCUCAAAAAAACCUCCCCGGAGGAGGAAGUCCGUCAGUGGACGCGGCGUCUUCGAGCCGAGCAGCGCCAGGUUGAUCAGCAAAUCACCAAAAUCCGCCGGGAGGAGGACAAGACGAAGCAGGCGAUGCGCGGGGCGGUCAAGGCGAACGAUUUGGUCGCCGCGCGGGGCCUCGCGCGGGCGCUUUUGCACGCCCGCCGCGCCGUCAGCCGCCUUCACGCCGCGAAGGCGCGGAUGGCCUCUGUCGCGAUGCGGCUCCAGCACGACGCCGGCCAGCGCCGCCUCCUCGGCGCGCUCGAGACGAGCGGGGCGAUUCUGCGCGAGAUGAACGCCCUCGUCCGCGUCCGCGAGGUCCACGACGCGAUGCGGGCCCUCGGGAAGGAGAUCGAGAAGGCCGGCAUCAUCGACGAGAUCACCGACGACGUCCUCGACCUCGAGGACGCCGAGGACGACGACGCCGCGCUCGAGGCGGAGGUCGGCAAAGUCAUCACGGAGGUCACCCAAACGCAGAUCGCAAACACCCACGUCGGGACGACCAAACUUCCCGCCCCAAACGAACCCGCCUCGGAGAAAAUCGCAGAGGAGGAAGAGGAGGACGAGGAGUUGCUGGCGAAACUCAACGCGCUGCGGACUUCCUAA